AACUCGCGUCUGUUCGCGUCAGCGCUUCACAUAUUUGAUUGUGACUCUGUUGGUGUAGGUUGAAAGUUGAGUUCGUCGUUAAUUUGAGGACGUUAAGUUACGUUUUAGUGAUUUGUUACUGAAAACUACAAUUGGAUUUGUGUUUAGUUUUUUCUUGAACUAGUUUGUAGUGCGUUUUAAACAAUUUUCGCGCAGUAAUUUGUGUAAAAAAUACAAUAGAAACCUCUGUAAUUUUGGUUGCAUAACCUCAAACAUAAAUAUACCAACGCAUAACAUGAGCAGUACGAGUUUAUAUUGUAACCCAAUUGGGCUUCUAUCGAAAACUACACCACAUAUUUACAAACCUGAUAUAAAAAAAGUGAAGAGAGUUCUUUUCGAGCCCGUAGAUCAUAUCGCCACUCAAAAAUUCGUCGAAGAGGAAUUGGAAAAAAUAAGGGUAACUAAAUCGAAAGAAUGGAAUUUCGAUUUCGAAAAUGAAAGGUCUCUAAGUCCGAACGGAGAUUUUCAGUGGAAACCUGCGACUCCGGUUAAAAACAGACCUAUAAAAUAUCCAUUAGUUGAAUUCACAGGACACGACCUGUACGCUUUCCCUGAUGAUGUUAUCAGACCAAUUCCUAUUAAAGCGACAAUACCAAAAGACGAGAUGACAUCAUCCAGAAAAAAUCAUGCAAGAACCAAACCGCAACGUUUGAUUACUGAUUUUAUGUCAGUUAAGAAACGUUCGACGUCUGAUUUUACGAAAAAGAUGGACUGGAUCCCCGCCAUGGAAAGACCAACGAAACUACCCAGAUUAUCAGAAUUGAGUAGUUAAAAAGACAUUCCCUAUAAAAGUGUGUCUUUUGUCCCUCCUCCUACGAACCCUCUUCCACUUUUGUUACAAAUUUCGAUCUCGAAGAAAAUUUAUUAAUUAUAAUGUAAAGUACAACUUAAGUUUUGUUUCAAGAAAUUUAAUUAAUUAUAAGUUUUUUUUUGUGUACAGUUUAAGUACUAUAUUUUGUUUGUCUUUUUAUAGACUAUAUUUAUUUUUAAACUAGAGUUUUUUUCUUUCUUUUGAUCUCUAAAAUCUUUCAUUUUGUUGCCGAUUUUUUUUUCAAAGGAAAUGCCUAACUAAUCACGAAUUUAUGCAAUAUUCAAUUAAAUAAAAUACCAAAAUUAUUGCCAAUAGUCAUUCUCAUAUAUUUUUAUGUCAUCAAAAGUCCAUGAAUCAAAUAUUUAAAAAUAUUAUUGUCCCCUCUAUUAACUCAAUAAGAAAUAGGGAAGUUAUUUUUAUAUAAAUUGAUAUACUACAAAAAUCACUUUUGACAAUAUCUAAAAAAAGUCAUUGAAAACGAUAAAAAAAGCUUAAAUUAAAAAUUUGAAGGUUGAAAUUUUUUAUAACUAAUUUUUCUAACAAAAAAGAUAAAUUAUGUUAAAAAUUUUUUUAGCUUAACUGCAGGGAAAAUUGAAAAUUUAUAAAAAUAUUUUUUUAUUUUGAAUCGUACCUACAGAGUAAUCUCAGAUAUAUUUUUUUUAUUAAUCUAUUUAAAUGCUAUAAAUAUUUCUCUUGAUGUGAUUAAGUCUGAGAGUACAUUUAAAAAAUCCACUUUAUGAUUGUUUAAGAAUUUAUUACAUUUAUAGAUUUGUUUUUUUUUUCAAAUUUCGAUCAAAAAACAAAUUAUUUUUGGAUGUACCUAAUAAAAACAAAAAUAUUUGAAAUUUUUAGAAAUUGUUGUUUGUUUUAAGUCAAAAAUACAAAGACCAAUAAUUUAAUAAAAAUGUCUCCAAUCUACAUUUUUCCAAAUUUUCGAAAAAAGCGUACAAAGUCUUUGAAAAAAAUCAAAAUAUUUAAUAUAGUGUAAAAAAUAAAUUUCUAACAAAAAAAUUAUAGAUUUAAUUAUAUUUUCUCACAUUUUGACCUAAAAACAAAUAAUUUUUCUAUAUAUGAUUAAAAAUUGAAACAUUUUAAAAAUAAUAUUUUCUAAUUUUGCAUAAACUUAUAACUAUUUAUAUAAAUGAUAAGAAAUUUUCAAAUUUACAUAAAAAACGUUUUUAAUUAUUAAAAUUAAAAAAAAUAUUUAUAUUUUCCAAUUUUUUAUAAAUUUUCUAAUAUUCCACGUGGAUAAACUAUUUAUUUCCAUUGUUCACCUAUUUCACUCAUAUUGAAAGUUAUUUAAUAAAUUUUUAUCUCUAAAUUUUUUGUUAAAACAUUUUAAUUUUUUAUUUUCGAGAUAUUUGAAAAUUCUUACUUGAUGCCAAAUUGCACUUUCUUCUUUUGAAUAAUAAUUUUAUUAAUCCAGCUCGUGACUUAUUGAAUUUUUAAACAAAAUUUGGAUCAAUAAAUUAUAGAUACAAUUAUUAUUUUAUAAGAGAAUGUUGUUUGUGCAAAAUAUCGUAGGCUUGCCCAUAUGAAAUGCAAAUUAACACAUUUCGGAAUCAGUUUUGAAAAAUUAUCUAUUUUGCAUAAAUUCUUGUUUAUAGGCUUAUAUGUAUUCAAAAAAAGGCAACUUCAUUAUCGUCAAAAUAUCACUUGGGAAUUAGAUUAUCGAAAUAUAAUUAUUUUUAAAUAGUUUUUGAUUAAUUAAAAAAAAAUCAAUUUUUGAAAAGAGCAAUUAAAAAGUUAUAUAUUUAUCUAUAAAUCUACAUCACAUGUAUAAAUUUCUAUAAAAAAAAUUCCCCAAUUCGCCCCCUUCCGAAAUUCCCCUAAAAAAUUAUAGAAUAAAUUUUUAAUAUAUUUUCGAUUUUAUUUAAAUAACCAUAUAUUUCAUUAUUUUCAAUAGAAUUUUAUGACAUAAUUUUUUUUCAAAAUUUUAUUUUUGUAAACUGAAAAUAUCAUCUAAAAUCUUUUUAUUAAUAUAUUUAUUAUAUGUUAUAUUCAAUACAAAAAAUUUUGUUCUCAAUUUAUUUUGAUAUAAAAAAAUCCAGACUAAUUUUUAUUAGAAAAACAUUUUUCAGUAUAAGUUGAAGAAGUAAAUUUGAGGGAUAUUUUUCGAAAUCAACUCUGGGCAAGGGGGCCUAAAAUUAAUAAAAAGUAUUUUUUACGAUAAAAGUUUUAAAAAACUUCAAAUCAUAGUUAUAGAUUAUUUAACUUCACACAAAAAUAGUUCUUUGAGGUUUUUUGAUAUGCACAAAAUUGGGGUGGCUGUAGCUGAAGGGAUGAUAAUAUUUUAGCUGAUUCAAAAUCAAAUGUAUUUAGAAAAUUAUUAAUUCUAACCUAAAAGAACUUAUUUUGAAUAGUUUAUAACAAAAAAAUUAAUUUUUAACCACUUUGUCACCGGGAGAAUUAAUUUUUAAUUUAUAUUAAAUCUUGAAUUGAAAAUUAUUUUUUUUUAAUUUUAAUUCGGUUAUAAACAGUUCAAAAGUUCUGGUCACUCUAUGUUUGUAAAUAUCAGUGAUAAAAACAAACUUCAAAGGACCAUUUUUGUGUAAAAUUAAAAGAUAUACAAUUUUGAUUACAAGUUUUUUCUUCUAACUUAUACCGUUUUUCCGAAAUUAAAGAAAAACAUUAAUUAAUUUAUUUUAUCCCUACCAGAGAAAAAAUUCUACCCAUAUAUUGUCCUGUCACUUCAAAAUUCACAUUCUAGAUUCCAUUUUUUUACUAAUGUUUAUAUCUGGCAAAAAGAGGGGGCUGAACAAAUUUUUUUAUAAAAAAAAUCUUUCGUAACUGAUAAUUUUUCAUUCUUGAAUUUUGUAACUCUCUGUAUACGUGUUGCUGUUGAUAAAAUAUUUAUAGCGAUGACGUAGCUUUUGAAAUAAAUUUCGAAAAAUAUAAGAUGCAAAAAAUAUAUAAACUUAUUCCUCUUUUAUAUUUCCAUUUAGUUACCUUCUAAUUUAGUAUUUAAUUAUUUAAGAUAAAUAUAAAAUGUUUGUGACAAGUAACCGACUAAAGUGCAAUGUCAUUCUGUAAAUAAAAGAAAUGUCGGCAACUUGUACAACUUUCCUUGUUUUUUUUUCAAGUGGUAUUUUGAUUAUUUAUAUGUAUUUGCUACCAUACUGAAAAUAUUUGUUUUUAUUUAAAAAUCUGUUAUAAAAGUCCGCUUUCUAUUGAAAUGAUUAAAUAUCAUUCCGUAGUAAGUUUAGUUAUCUUCUUUUCAUUUUUGUAUUAAUUUUUCUCAGUGUAUUCAUAUACGAGGGUCAAUCCGUUUCCUGGCCCUGUUCAUUAUCAACCGUUAUGCAACCACUCUUGGACAAAGACCUCUCCUAAUGCCAACAGUGUUGGCCUGCGACAUUCUCCAUUAAGCCAUCGUUUCUGAGGUCUUCUUACUUUUCUUCUGGUCUCUUUUCGUUGCCAUGUUGUGCUCUUUUGGGUCCAUCUUUCUUUUCCUUGUUUUCCAACAUACCCACCGCCAUCUGAACUGCUGGUCCAUUUAAAUAAAAAAUCGGCACAGAUAUUUUUAAUUUUUAAUAUAGUCGCCAUUUUCCCAAAUUUGUUUCCCGUUUUCCAAAAUUGUAUCCAGAAUUUCCAAAAUUUUGAAUGUGGUUACCAAUCCAGUUGUCAAAUUAUUUCUUUCAAUUCAACAGUAGAAAAAAACUGAGUUAUAUCUGGCAGUACCAUCUCUAAAUAUAUUUCUAUGGAACGGACGCAAGCUUUAACUAUUCCAAUCAUAAAAAUGGCCUCUUAAAUGUGUAAUAUUUCAUCCAAAUACUGAUCUAUCUCCGGUAGUACCAUUCUAUGAAUUUGUUUCCAUGAAAUGAAACCUUAGUCCAAUUAAAUGUUCUCAAAUUGGGCGAAACUUCAACUAUUUCAAACAUAUCAUUGACCACUGAAUGUGUAAUAUUUUGUCUAUCACUUGUAGUACCUUCUCUAAAUAUAUUUCCAUGAAAUGGACGCACCAUAAACAAUCCAAAUAUUAAAUUGGCCUCUCAAAGGUUCUCGAAUUUCGAAAAUUCUGAACGAAAUCACCAGUCCAAAUGUCAAAUUAUUCCAUAUAUAAAAUUGUCCACAUAAAUGUGGAAUUGUUUGUUCAAAAGAUGGGCUAUCUCUGGCAGUACCUUCUCUAAAUAUUUUUCCAUUAAAUGGGUGCACCAUAACCCAUCCAAAGAUAAAAUCGGCCACUACAGUAUGGAACGAUUUGUCCAAAUGUCGAGUUAUAUCUGGUAGUACCUUCUUAAAUAUUUUUCCAUUGAAUGAACCCAAUUAUUCCAAAUAUGAAACAUGAAUCUCGAAAGCUCUGAAUAGUGUCACCAAUUAUUUGCCUUAAUUCUUCAGCAGCAAACAAUUUCUCCAUGAGCCUAGCUACCUUUGGCAGUACCUUCUCUAAAUAUGUUUACAUUAAAUAGACGCACCACAACCAUUCCAAACAUAAUAAUUUGUCCAAAAGCUGAGCUAUUUCUGGCAGUACUUUCUCUAAAUAUGUUUCUAUUGAAUGAACCCAAAAAUGGUGUCACCAGAUGAGGUGUCAAAUUAUUUGCCUCAAUUUUUCAGCAGGAAACAAUUUCUCCAUUAGCCUAGCUACCUUUGACAGUACCUUUUCUAAACAUGUUUCUUUGAAAUGGAUGAAGUCCAGUUUCCUAAACAUUUGCUCCAAAAACUGAGCUACUUCUAGCAGUACUUUCUCCAAAUAGGUUUCUUUGAUAUACGAUAUAUAUAAUUUUUUUAAAUUUCUUCCAGUUUGGUUCUAGUUAUUUUUCAGUACUUUAUAAACAACAUUAUCUAACAAAAUUUUCAUGAAAUUCGAAUAAAACAACCUCCAAUUCUAAAUAUUCUAAGAUUUUUAUUUUAUUUCCCGAAGACGCCACGAUACUUUCCAUAAAAUCUUUCAAGAGGCUUCCAAUCUGCAAAUAUUUGCUUAUAAAUAUUUUUGAAAGUUUAUUUCACACAUUUGUUUUAAUAUCUGCAUUAUUUACAAAAUUUGCUCAGGGUAAAAUUAUAAUAAAAAUUCUCUACCUAUGAACAUAUUAGUUAAUAUACCUGACUGAAAGCAAUAACAAUAAGGCGCCAUAGGAUGGUUCUCUCUAAAAUGAAUGUGUCGUUUUUGGGUGAUAAUAAAAUCAUAAAUAAGUUUUAAUUUUUGGAAUUUAAUUAUGUUUACAAAGAUUAACCUUAUUUUUAUUGCUUAAACUCAGGUAUACUUAGAUUUGAAUAUAUGACAUUCUAUAACAGAUUUUUAAUAUUGGACCAAUAUGUGAUUCGAAUCAUGGUCUUUAAAAGUUUUUUUUUCUUUUUUUUUUUUAACUUAGGCAGUGGAAGUUGGAAGAUUUUUGUAUUUAUAUAAGGUAAUUGUAAUUGGUGUGUCCGUAAGUAUAACAACACUCAAGUCGUGUGACUAACUAAAAAAAACACAUUUUUUGCCAAAAAUCGAAUUUAUUUAUCCAUGUAAUUUCCUUCAAGAGCAAUACAAUCAUUCCAACGCUUCUCCAACUUCUCGAUUUCGUGCUGUGGGGCCAGAUCUGGUCUAUACGGUGGAUGAGUAAGCAAUUCGUUCAAUUUAAGUUUUUUCUUCGACUCUAUGUAGUAUUCGCGAUUGAUCAUCUUUCUCUUUUGGGGAUAGUCGAUGAUGAUUACUGAAGCCAUAACCUCCUCAGCUGACUGUUGUGCCUUUGGACGCUUCGGACGUGGUUCAUCGGCUGCAGUCCUCUCAGAUAAUGAUCGUUUUGUUUCCGGAGUAAAGUGAUGGGUCCAUGUUUCAUCCAUUGUCACAUAGCUUCACUUAAAUGUCUGUCACUUUUUUCUGACUAAUCGAAAUGUCAUGAAAUUUGACACAUAGUCUUUUGAAAGUUGGUGAUCCUUAAAUGUCAUUCGAUUUAGACAGUGGCAGCGCCAUCUGUAUGUUAGUAACACGACUUAUUGAGUGAUGUUAUGAAUAAUUGUUAGUUGUAAUUUGAAUAUCGAUUAUACGAAAUUUGAAUUACGACUAAUCGUUGAAAAGAAAAUGGGAGAUUUUCUUACAAGAUUUUUAAAAUCAUGUUUUGGUCUGGUUAUACUGUCGACUACAGUAUUUUAUAAUUAUUUUUUAAUUGAUUAAUGUAUAACGGCCCAAAGAAAAAUUUAGUACAAAGUAAAAUCAGAAAAAUGCAGAAUUACUUUUUGGCAGCUUUGCCAGCUUGUUUGUCGAUGUUACACAUUUUUUGUUUUAGGAAGGAACAGGGCUUACGUUUGAUAUAAUUUUUAGUCAACAAAAACCGAGUUAGGGAAAACAAAUUUGAAAUUAUAAUCUUCUUAUUGUUGGAUAACUUCCAUCUCGGUUGGUUUAUUUUAGAUUUUGGACAAACUUCAUGUUGCAGAGUUGCAAAUUUCUGCGAUCGUUCAAUUCUGCUAUAUAUUACAUUGAGAAAUUUUGAGAUAUCAAAUACAUAAUAUAUUUUUUGACAUCUGUGAUGUUUAGAAUAUGAUCUCAAAAUAUAAUUUUUAUAUAUUAAUAUAUAUGCAUUCUAAAAGUUGUAUUGGAAAAAUAAGAAUUUUCUAAUACAAAUGUUUAUUGUGUCAAAUAAUAUAGAUUUAAUUCGUGUAUAUUGUUGUAAAAAAAUAACAUAUAUAAGCACUAAAAAUAUAGCUUUGUUUUGUUAGUGUA